ACUUCUCCCAGUGCCAAUCUUUUGUUCCUCCCAGAGUGCCACCUCGCGGCCCUUGGUCCGUCUCAGAGCGCCAGUGUGCAGGAAAAGUGUUAUAUCGACUGAAUUUUUUUGGAUAUAGUCUAAUGCAAAAUGAACUAAGUCUUGAUUCUGUGUCUCACUCAAGGUACACAGAUCUACACAGUGUUAUGUAGAGUGUUAUAAAUGUUCUCCAUGAUGUUCACCUGAGAACUUUAUCUUCUGAGGUGGUUCUGAAAGCUAAUGCGUACGUGCUCAGGUGAACGUGCAGUGGCUAAUUGAAAUGAUCUUACCUGAUAUUGAACACAGAUGUGGAAAAUGCAUUUGACAUAUCAGAUGAACUUUUCUGAACUGAAAUUUGUGAGUGUAGAUAAAUUCUUCAUAUAUUUAGUUUAUUAUUGAAAUAAUAUCGAUUUAUAUAAUUACGUAAAGAGUUAUAUGGUGAGUAAUUUAAUAGUGGAUGCAAUAUUUAUACUGACGCCCACCAGGAGUUGAGUGUUGUGAUACAGUAUUGGAUGGUGACAUGACAACUGGUGAUCAGAAGAAGAAAAUAAAACUAGAGUUACAAGGAUAUUGAGCCAUUGGUUUUAAAGUGUUUGUAUUGAAAAUAUUAAAAAAGUACAAAUUGAAAAGGAUCUCCUGAUUUUUAUGUCCAGUUUUAUAUUGGAUUUAAUGACUUAUGAAAAGAAUUACUGAAUACUAAACUGAAAUUGGAAAAUAUCAUAAAAACAUUGAUUUCGGUGCAGCAAAUGAUGUAAUUUACCUGUUAAUAUAGAAAAAUGUGACUUCAAUAGUUGUGAUGCCUUAGAUACGUUAAUUGUGUGGCAUCGAGAAAGGUCUAAGUUAUAUUGAUAAAAAUGUAAUUAAUCAGCCGAUACAACAAGACGUCUAGGAAAAACAAGUGAAUCAGAUGUGACGUUACUGAGACUUCAUGUACACGACGGCAAAGUUCCUGACUGUAUGAACUACUCCGUCUUCCGAGAUGGGUUCACCGUCAUCCAUCUCCACAUUCUGGCUUAACUUCACCAACAAGAGGAAAAACUCCCACAACGAGUCAAUGUGGAGUAGAUUUCACUCACCUUAUGACCCCCCAACACCCGUCGGCUCUGACCACUGUGAGUUCUCCCCCGCUUCCUCUCCGGUAGCCUCAAGUCGCCAUCUGAGAGUGUUACAGUCCUUACCUCCUGUGUCACCUCGACCACGAACACCCAAUGGUGGGUUUUGGCGCUCACCUUCCUCUUCGUCGGGUAAGAAAUCGCAUCCAGACUGUCACACUCACCCUUCAGCGUUAACUGCAGGUGAGAAGGAAAACGACACUCCUCCCUCACUUCCUGUAAUCCUGCGAAGAUUCUUUGGUAACUCGCAGAAGAAUACGAUUCAGGAGCGUGUAAGGAGAGCAAAGCUGAGGUUGUCGCGGUCAGCUGAGGUCCUGGAUGACCUCACCACCGCUGAUGACCCCGGCUGCUGGGGGCCUAAGAGAAGGAAUUCAGAGAUGAGUAAAUCAACGGAUGAAUUACAGAAAAUUAAAAUCCGGUGGAUGCAGAAGCUUGAUCAGUGUAGAGUUCAAUUUGGUCCCUGUAAGUCUGAUGAGUCUUUUAACAUAAGACCUGACAGAGACAUGGAUGAUACAACUCCAGACUUGAGUCACAUCGCUGUUGUUAACGGUCAGCAGAGUAACUCUUUAAGUCUUAAUAAAAUAAAGAAGAAAGUCCUCCAGACGCCAUCACCAAGCCCCAAGAGGAAGAAUGACCAGACCACUGACACACAUUCCCAGAGACACAAGGGACCAAUGAGUGAGGAUCAGAAGAGUGGCCGGCGGUGUGAGGACGCCAGGGAACAAUUAGACACCAGAGCCCGAGGACGCACACGGUCUCCCAGGAAUGCCAACGACGGUAAAGACGCCGCAGUAAUUUUCACAGUGGACGACCAGCCUCCACUAACUGUUCGACCAGGAGUUAGUCUCACCAGGUCUCGUAGCUGCACCAGGCCCAGUAGACGAGCGCUGUCGACGUACAGCGAGCCUGACUAUAACUCUCCCACCCUCAACAUGAGAUCCACCGCCUCCUCCACCUUAGAUGAUGCACAAAAGAAACACGCCAUCAGUGAAGGAGAUCUCAGGCUCCGUAGAUCAAGGUCAUCUCAGAGACCACAACCCACUAAAACCCCAGAGACAGACGAGGAGGACCUUGUAUUUGAACCUAUUCCUCAAGUCCCUGAGCUGAAACUUUUUAGAUAUAAUUCAGAACGUCGAUCAUCAAGGGCCGAUCGACUGAAAGCCUUAUCCAUAUUCAACCACCAGCCUUUGGGAUACCUCGAGGAGCAAACUUAUCCUCAGAAUAUGUCGUACUCACCUGAAGGACGAGUAACCACCGACAGAGACACAUACACCACCCUCCAGACUCCUAAGACCCCCCGACACAUCCUCGAUACAAACAGUAAGACCUGGAGUGCUAAAAGGAGUUUGUUCCGUUCCUCCAGCGUCAGGCCGGGCACUGAGGACCCCCUGUCGACCUCACCCUUCCUCUCUCUUCUGGCACACAAACGUCUCACCCGCGGAAGCCUGUCUGACAAGGUUGUCCUCAAGCAACUAGCCUCCACGGUGGUAAACGAGGACGACUCUGGACUGUGCAGGGGCUUGAUCUUCGACGGGAGCACCAGCGCCCGCACUGGGGUGUUCCCUGCCUCCCUAGUGGCACGACGCGACACAAACGAUCUCGCCUUAAACCUCAGACGACCCAGUGACAAGCCGAGAUUUUGGAAAUCCCCGGUGACCAAUCAGGAUAGGCCAGAGACUCUUAAAAUGUUGGAUUGA